GCGGCACUUUUCACAUGUCUUACUACUUGUACUACUGCGGAGAUCAUUCUCAAAGCUUCACUGUGCAAGUAGAUCGCACGUUACGGUCAAAUGGAGGUGAAUACCUAAAAGUUUAGCUUUUGUACAUCUUCCUCCAAAGUUCUCAUCGUUUGCAGCGAACUUUCGGAAUCUUUAGUAGCUUAUCGCCGUUGUUUUUAUAGAGUCUGAAUGAAGAGGGUAAAGGCAGAGAUGGGCCUGCGCCGGCGCCGGUAGUGAUAGGCGGCAUGGUUUUGGAUAUAAAUUGCAGUCCUUCGGUUGAUGCUAAUAGAGGGACAACCACUCCUGGCAAGGUUUGACUUCUUAGUUCUUUCAUCUGGGGUUCUUCUUUGUUCGGUUGUACGUACCUUGCACAAAGACAGUUGUUUUUCCGAACAUAAUGAAUAAUGCUACAGAAGUUUAAUGCCCGGCUUAUGCUAAGCUUAUCUAAAUGAGAUUGCUGAUAGAAGGGCUUAAAUCCCACGCCCACGCAGUAAAAACUGGUUUUACAAUGCCGAUUUUUACAACUAACCAACUUAUUCAUCUGUAUUCUGAGCACGGUCUAGCCCGGGAAGCUCAUAAUCUGUUCGAAGAAAUGCCAGAACGAAACAUCUUUUCCUGGAAUGCCAUUAUAAAUACCCACGUAAAGGCCCAAAACAUUGUGGGUGCACAUAAACUUUUUUAUGCCGCUCCUCAGAAAGAUUCUGUAACGUACAAUUCAUUGCUUUCUGGUUAUGUAAACUACAAUGAGUUUGAAAACCAAGCGGUUGACGUAUUUCGUGCAAUGCAGUAUGAGAGUGAUAAAGCCCGAAUAGAUGAAUUUAGUCUAACAUUGAUGCUUGGUCUGACAGCAAAAUUGGGUGUUCUGUCUUAUGGAAAGCAGCUGCAUUCGUAUAUGUUAAAGACAAGUAAUGACAUUAGUUUUUUUUCAGUUAGCUCUCUCAUCAAUAUGUAUUCGAAAUGCGGAUCAUUUGAAGAUGCAUGUGCAGUGUUCAGUGUAUGUGAUUGUUAUGCCGUGGAUUCGGUCUCAAAGAAUGCACUGGUGGCAGCUUGCCUCAGAGAAGGACAACUUGAGACGGCUCAGAAAGUGUUUUGGAGCAACCCAGAUUUGAACGAUUCUAUAUCUUGGAAUACAAUGAUUUCAGGAUAUGCUCAUAAUGGAUAUGAAAAGGACGCAAUCCGAUUAUUCAAGCUGAUGGCAGAAGAGCAGGGCCUUCAAUGGAAUGAACACAGUUACGCUAGUCUUUUGAUUGCUUGUGCUAGUCUCAGGAAUUUGAACUUGGGAAAGGAGAUUCAUGCCUGGGUUAUAAAGAAAGGGUUAGUUUCAAAUCCAUUUAUAAGUAGUGGCAUUGUUGAUGUUUAUUGCAGGUGCAGUAAUAUGAGAUAUGCUGAGUCUGUUCACAAUACUAUCGAGGGAAAUAAUCCUUUUUCCAUUACGUCAUUGAUAGUCGGAUAUUCCACAGAGGGUAACAUGUUAGCAGCUAGACGGCUCUUCGAUUCUUCGGCUGAGAAGAAUCCUGUGGUAUGGACCGCUAUAAUGUCUGGUUAUCUGAGAUCUAAGCAAUGUAUUGAAGUUUUUCAGCUUUUUAAGGAAUUUAUGAAGAAGGAUGCCAAACUAGUCCCUGAAGCUCUAAUUCUUGUCAACCUGCUUGGUGCUUAUGCAGUGUGUGCAGCUUUAGAUCCCGGAAAGCAAACCCAUGCAUAUUUAUUAAGAAUUGGAGUUAUGGUGGACGAGAAACUAGCAAACAGUUUGGUUGAUAUGUAUUCAAAAUGUGGAAGCGUAUUGUAUGCAGAGAAUAUAUUCCAACAGUUUGAAAGAAAAGAUUCCAUCUUAUACAACACGAUGAUAUCUGGCUAUGCUCACCAUGGUCAUGAUAAUGAAGCCCUUCUACUUUUCAGAAAAAUGAAGGAUAGAGGCUUCCAACCAGAUGCAGUGACCUUCCUUGCUAUUCUUUCCAUGUGCCGUCACAUGGGCUUAAUAAAAAAAGGGGAAGAGUUUUUCAAUUCAAUGACAACAGACUAUAACAUCUCACCGGAUAUUGAGCACUAUUCAUGUAUGAUUGAUUUGUACGGAAGGGGUAAUCAGCUUGAUAAGGCAGUGGGAAUUGUGGAAAAGAUUCCCUGUAAACCAGAUGCUGCUGUUUUGGGUGCGUUCGUGAAUGCUUGCAAGAUGAACAGGAACACAGAACUUGCAAAAACAGCAGAGGAGGCACUAUUGCAUAUUGAGGGGGAGAGUGGGGCGAGAUAUGUGCAAUUGGCUAGUAUAUAUGCCUUAGAUGGGAAGUGGAGUGAAAUGGGAAAGUUGAUGAAGAUGAUGAGAGGAAAGGCAGUGAAGAAACUUGUUGGUUGUAGUUGGGUACACAUGGGAAGCAAAGUUCAUACAUUUACUUCUGCUGAUAGAUCUCACUCGGAAACAGAGGCCAUAUUUUGUAUCUUGGAGUGUUUGUCCCUAGAAUUAAACGAUGUACCUUCGAUAUUACUACUUGAAUGAUGAAGCUUCAAACACACUCUGAUCUCAUUACUAUGCUAGCCUGCUAGAUCGUCUACACAUUGGGUGGUGUGGCAAGGAAUAUAGCUGAGUGCAUGUCAAAGCUUGGAGCAAAGCCAUACUUAAUAAGUGCUGUAGGAUCUGACAUGGCAGGAAAUUUGCUAUUGGAACACUGGAAACUGGCAGGAUUAUCUAUAGAAGGUAUUCUUAGACAUCAUAGUAUUGAGACUCCGUCAGUUUGUCACAUUUAUGAUAGUAAAGGAGAAGUGGCCGCCGGUGUUGCUAACGUUGAAGCUGUUGAGAAACAUCUCACAGCCACAUGGAUACUGAACUUCAAACCCAACAUUUUGUCUGCCCCAGUUUUACUUCUUGAUGCAAACUUGAAUUCUUCUGCUCUGGAAGCAUCUUGUCAACUUGCAGCUGAAUGUAAUACUCCAGUAUGGUUUGAGCCUGUCUCAGUUGUGAAAUCUAGAAGAAUUGCUUCCAUUGUCAAUCAUAUUACUUUUGCAUCACCAAAUGAAGAUGAACUUAUUGCCAUGGGAAACGCAGUCUCUGGUGCUGAGAAAUUCCAUCCAAUUAAAAAGGGUUGCCCGCCUUUAUCAAUAGAAACUAUGUUUCAAAUGCUUAAACCUGCAAUUUCAGUCCUACUGCACAAAGGCAUCAAAGUAUUGAUUGUGACUAUUGGAUCGAAAGGUGCAUUUUUAUGCUUCAGGGGGAUGAUGGGCAGCAUCAAGAAACUUGUUGAUUUGAAAAGAAACCAAACUCCAUGCUUUAGCAAAGAAUUAAUUGAAGCAGUGAUAUCAAAGUGCCCCCAUAACCAUAUCUUUAAUUCUUUUAAACCCAAGUCAAGGUCCAAUAUGUGUGCUGUGUAUUAUCCGGCACUUUCUACAACAUCAGUGGCAAGACUUACAGGAGCAGGUGAUUGCUUGGUUGGUGGGACCCUCGCAUCAUGGUGUGCUGGUUUAGAUUUCAUGCAAUGUUUAGCAGUUGGGAUUGCAGCUGCUAAAGCUGCUGUGGAAGUGGAUGCCAACGUUCCACUAGAGUAUUCAUUAGCUAAACUUGCAGUUGAUGCGGGGAUUGUAUACGCUGGUGCCAGACCAAUCUUCUGCCCUUCCAUGCUGUAGGUUGCAGCUGAAGAGCAUUUUAGCUUAUGUUGGAAACCAGUAUACUAGUGAAAUAUUGUCAAGUAUAUUAGUCAAAUGUUGUCUCGUAACCAAGCAAUAAGGAUUAAGACUUCAGGUUUUAAGGCUCAUUGUUAAAUUCUCUUAGAGUUAUUGGAGGUCAAGCACGUCCUAGGUGGCAUGCACCUCAAGACCUAACUUUCGGGGCAUGCGAUGAACACAAGAAAAAAAGAAUGAAGCCUAGGGCCGAGAUCACUAUAUCGAAGGUGAGAAUUCCCAGGUGAAGGGAUGGCUCUCCAUUUACAGGUCUUAGGAGGAAAGCCUUGUGUAUGUAUGAAUAGGAUACCACCGGCAAGCAACAGAUCCUUCAUCUUUAAGAGGAUGCGACCUGUACACAAGAAUAUUGAUAGACCCCUUAUCCUCCAAAACAAGAGAUCAUUAACCUGCCAUUGUUUUAAAGCUAGAGAUUAUUCAUAGAGAUUGUUUUAACAAGAGAGCUAAGUUAUUUUGAGCAAAGUUAUUUAUAGUGUUAAAUAAAUGUCCC